AUGUCAUAUAAGAAAACUUGUCCAGACCUGUUGGAUUCUGUGAAAGUUGAUGCUCUUAGGAAAAAGGAUAACAAUAGUGAUGGAAACAUCGCAAAAACAGUUGAAAUGACGACAAAGGCUUUGACAGUCAAUGCAUUUGUAACAACAUCAACGUCAAACGUUUCCACCUCAUUAAUUUCUAUGAAUGUCAGCACAACAAGCAACCAAAAUAUUCUUUCACCAAAUGUUACUGUCGGACAGACUGCAAACUUGCAACAAAUUUCUCAACAAACCCCUACUCAACAUCUUCCGCAACCACAAUCACAGCAGCUUCAACAGCCUCCACACACAUUGCAGCAUCAAACAUCUCUGCAGCAGCCGCAACAACAGCAUCAACAACAACCACCCAACCACAAUUUUUCAACGAACAUGUCUUCAAUUUCUACUUUAACUAAUGCUGCCAUGAAGCAGAAAUGUGAUGUAAAAGAUUUUGAAAAUUUGAAAUUGAAAUUAGGACAACUGACUAACCAUCCAGGAACAAAAAUGGAAACUCCAAAAGUAGAAUCAAAAUCUAAACUCGAGUCAACCCCUGUAACAUUAGCAACAACUACAGCUACGAGUGCAACAACACCUGCUGGCGUUCCAAGCCUUGCCAGAACAAAAACAGUUGAUCAAUUAGGUAAGGUCACAGCCUCUUCAACCCUUCAGAAUAAUGUUUCCACCGUCUCAUCGAAAGAGCAAUUACAUUCACAGCCAAUUAUUCAACAGCUUCAGACAGUUAAUCAACAAUCUCAGAUUCAUCAGCAAACUUCAUUAUCUCAAGCUCAACAAAAACAAACAAUUAGUCAUGUACAAAUGCCCCAACUGUCGAAUAAUCAGCAACAACCAUCUUUGACUCCACAGCAACAAAUAGCCGUGACACUGCAACAACCCAUAACCACACAGCUGCAACAACAGCUAUCGUCCUUAAUCCCUCAACAACAACCAACUUUGGUUUCACAACAACCAACUUUGUUUUUACAACAACAGCCAGCUUUAGUAGCACAAAAACAGCAACCGACUUUAGUUCCACAGCAACAGCUUCAAACAGUUAAUCAACAAUCUCAGAUUUAUCAGCAUACUUUAUUAUCUCAAGCUCAACAACAACCAUCUUUGGUCCCUCAGCAACAAAAACCGACAUUGGUUCCACAACAACAACCAAUCUUAGUUCCACAACAACCGUCUCUGGUUCAACAACAACCGACUGUGGUUUUGCAACAACAACCACAACAGCCACCACUAAAUUUGAUUACACCCCAGCAACCAAAAUCAAUUUUAGUCCUACAACAGCAACAACCGACUUUAGUCCAACAACAACAACCAUCCUUGGUCCCACAACAACAACAACCAUCUUUUGUUCCAAAGCAACAACAACAGCAGCAAUCAUCUUUGGAUCAACAGCAACAACCAUUUUUACUCCCACAACAACAACCAUCUUUAAUCCCACAGCAGCAACCAUCUUUGAUCUCACAACAACCAUCCUUAGUUCCACAACCAUCUUCUGUUUCACAACAACAGCAGCCAUCCUUGGUUCUACAACAACAACAGCCUUCCUUAAUCUCACCACAACAGCCAUCCUUGGUUUCACAACAACAACCAUCCUUGGUCCCACAACUACAACCGUCCUUAGUUUCACAAAAACAACAGCCAUCUUUAGUUCCACAGCAACAUCCAUCGCUGGUCCCACCACAACAACAACAUCCAUCGCUGGUCCCACCACAACAACAACAUCCAUCGCUGGUCCCACCACCACAACAACAUCCAUCGCUGGUCCCACCACAACAACAACAUCCAUCGCUGGUCCCACCACCACAACAACAUCCAUCGCUGGUUCCACCACCACAACAACAUCCAUUGCUGGUCCCACCACAACAACAACAACAACUAUCCUUGGACCUGCAACAGCAACCAUCAUUGAUUUCACAGCAACUUACAUCCUUAGUCCAACAGCAACAACCAUCUUUGGUCUCACAACAACCACAAUCAUCUUUGGUUUUAAAACAACUACCAUCCUCGGUUUCUCAACAACCAACUUUGGCUUCCCAACAACAACAACCAUCCUUCGCUUUGCAACAACCUUCUGUUCAACAACAACAUGUGGUUCAAGAACAGCAACUGAUUUUGAUUGGACAUCAUCAUCAGCAACCAACUUUACUUGGACAAGAACAGUCUUUAGUUCAACAAAAAUCUUCAGUUCAACAACAACAACUGCCCUUAAUUUCUCGACAAUCUUCUUUGCUUCAAAAUCAGCAAACCGUGAUUCAACCACAGCAACAGCCUGAUGUACAACAGCUGCAAGUUUCUGCUCAACAGCAGCAGCAAUCAACAUUUCAACAAUGCUUUAAUCUUCAACAAAAUUUUUUGCAACACGUUUCUCAACCACAACAAUUGAAUCUGAAUGAUGAUUCAGCUGCAGCCGCAUUGCAGGUUCAGCAAGAGAAAUUUCUUAACCAACAACAACAACAGCAGCAGCAACAGCAGCAGCAGCAACAACAACAACAAAUUCAAGAGCGUUUAUCAAGAUUAGAACAUGAACUAAAACAGUCACAAUCUUUGAAUCAACAAAAACCACAACCUCUUUUGUCAGCUGAUCUGUCCACAGUCAAUGAACUAUCUCAGGAUAUUUCUGAUCCAUCUAGGGAGGUUGAAAUGUUGACUCAGUCUUUACAGCAAAAACAGUAUUUUCAAGAAAUUCAACACUUGCCAGAUCAACAAAAUUUGGGAAACGUGAAACCUGAUGAUAAUUCGUUCAUUAGUCUAUCAACCUUAGAUGUUUCAAAACUAUCUGACGUUGAAGAGUUAAAGUCUUUGUUGGAUCUCAAUGACAAAUCUUUGAUAUUACAACGUCAGCAACAACAAAGUUUGCCUCUAUUACAAGAAAAUAUUCAACAAUCAACAAGUCAGAACAUUCUUUUGUUACAACCUGAAAAUAUUAUUGAACAACUUGCUAGACAUUUGGCAUUUUCCCAGAAGCAGGAUUUACAAGAUCUUUCCGCUGCUACUUAUAAUUUAUUGUUGCAACAGCAAAUUCAGCAACGCCGAAAAAUGUUACCUAAACAGAUUACAUUGAAUUCUGAUUUGUUAUCAGUUUUGAAAUCAUUACAAUCUGAUUCUCUUCCAAAAUCAAAUACCUCACUACCCAUAGACCCACAGCAACCCACUUCCUGGACGAACUUUGUUCAUAGCUUAAUAAACAAUAGUGGCGAGCAACAGUUGCAACAGUCAUUAUCUGCAAAUUCUGAUAAAAACCUAAUAUAUCCAUCUCACCAGCAUCUGUCUCAGCAGUUAGACCAAGUAAAUUCAACUGUUCCCACAUCUCUCCUAUUAUCAACGUCGUCACCAAAAAAAACUAUAACUCAAUCAAAAAAAUUUACAACUCACGACGGAGAAAAUGUUAAUGCUGAUGAUAUGUCGAAUCUUCACCAAUCUCAAUUGCCACAGGUGGUUUCAAGUACUCCACCAUCAGCAAAAGAGAAGUUGUCCGACUUUGCUAUUUUAGAACAGCAACUAAUUGAAAAACUUCACACCAAUCCUAAGAAAAUGAUGCAUCCUCAAAACCUUGCAAAUUACUCACCAUCUGGAAACUCGCUGCCAGUUCAUGUUGCCUGGCCGAAAACUACUGCUGGAAUUAUUUCUUAUGCUCAGUCGGUUGUAUCAAGUGGUGUGCCUAUUUGUAGCACGAGUGUAGGAGUUGAUUCAAGUCAAUCGUCUAAUCAAGUCAUUCUUCUGGCUACAUCGUAUUCUGAAGGACAAAAACCAAAACAGUCAUUUAACAAAAAUUUAACGAUAGCUGUAACGUCAACUUCUGCAUCUGCUUCUGAUUUACAGACAACUUCGUCGAAAAAGAAAAAACGAUUUGUUGUGUCAAGUGUUAAAAUGGAUCCAAUAAAGGCAGCUAGUGAUAGUUCCAUCGAUGGCAACUCAUCAAUUACUUCUGCCCUAUCUUCUCCUGAUAAAUUUGGUAAGCUAGACAUACCAACGUCCAUCAGUGCCCAGCUGAGCAAGCCCAGGAAGGGCAGGUUUGAGGUUACUUUGACUACGUUGGGAAUUGACUGUGGAAGUGCUGCCAGUGCUUUUACUCCUAUUGUUAAGGAUGUGAAGGAUGUUAAUGUUAUCGACGGAGUCAGUCAAUCAAAAGUUCUAUCUGGAGAAAUGUUUCCUAACAACUUACUUGUUACAAAACCACUAACACCACCAGCAUCGUUAAUAUCUACAACAUCAACGUUAACAUCAAGCUCAUACGACUACAAGCCAUCGUCUUCGGGGUCUGUCAGCCCUGGUUUAAAAAGAUCACAAAGUUUAAAGAGCACCAGUCAUUCUGCCUGUAGCAAUUCAGUUAAAACAAGUGAUCCUCUUGUGGUAACGGCUAAAGACAUGCAGAACAUUAAGAGAAAACAAUCGGUUGAUGCUCUAAUUGCUGAGAAAAUUUCGUCUCAGAUAAAUUCUGCAAAUUUUGAUGAUGCUAAUAAGGUGGAAAAUGUUACUGAUGAGCCAGUAAACGAGGACUUGCCUAAAAUGCUUAUUGCUAAUGACAAAAAAAUCGAAUCAGAAGAAGAAUCGACAAUCAUAAGAGGCAGCGAAGCUGUCGCUUCUGCAGCAAAAGUUUCCGAUUGUGAACAAAUUGAUUUACUUUCAUUGUUGUUGCAAGAAGCUCGUUAUAACGAUUUUCACCAGUUAAUGAAAGUUGCUCGUCUAUUAAGCAAACCAGCCAUGCUACAAUCUCCACCUUUGCCUAUGAGCAAACAACAAUCAGAAGAUUUUGUAACGUUGCUGCUCAAACAGAUUAGAUCAGCUAAUCAGAGUGAGUUGUUGCAACUUGCCAGUCAAAGUUUGAAUUCAUCUCCUUGCCUUCAGGAAAAGAGUUCAAGCGAUUUGUCAUUAGGUGUUGAUGUAGGUGCAAGACCUUUUGCACAACAAAUGUCACUUCAAGAACCUCUCCAAUCAAAUGCCCAGCAACCACAGCAGCAAAUUUUACAAAGCCAUCAGUUGAUGCAGCUGCAGCAUGCUCUAUCUCAACAACUGCCCAAUAUUAUAAACAAUCUUUCAAAUUCAGGAGUUAGAUCACACGAAUUCUAUACUCAAUCCUUACCUCCCCAGGUUAGAGUUUCUCAAACUGGCAUUUCUUCUCCUACUCCGACCCACCUUUCAACCGGUCUCUUAUCUCCUCAACUUCCAUCUACGUUGUUAAGGCAACAGUUAAUGACGACAAACUUGACUCCCGAGCAGUUAGCUCAUAUGAAAUUGUUAUUACAGAUUAAAAAGUUGCAAGAUGAGUAUGUUCAGUUACAGGCGUUAUUAGAACAGCACUCUGUUCCUGUUAGUUUGUUGCCGCAGUUGAUUGCUCACUUUCAAAAUUCUCAACAACAGCAGCAACAACAACAACAGCUAAAAUUAAAUGACGUGAUUGGUAACUUGUUCACUUUAGAAGAAAAUCAACCAUUAGAUCAAAAUCUUCUUACUCAAUUGACCCAACAACAACAACAACAGCAAUAUUUUUUGAAAAAUAAUUUGCAGCAUACAAAUAUGUUGGCAGACGAUACAUAUGCUUUCCUUCUACAUCAGCUGCAGCAAUCUACGUCCGCACCUCCCGUUGGGAAUGCUUCAGCGUUGCAACAAACGUUGACCGACCUCUCCGGCAGUGCCAGCCUGCUGCCCGCUGAUUGGUAUGUCGAUUUGCAAAACUUGAUCCUGAACUUGAAGACUUCCCAUCUACAACAACAACAACAGAUGAAUGAACAAAUUUUUCUUGAAAAUCUGUUGUCUACUUGCCUGGCCAGUCAACAUCCACCACCACCACAACAGCAGCAGCAACAUCAGUCUGUUCCUGUAAUAGCUCCGCUGUUUUCACCUGAUUUAAACAAUCCCGGGCAGCUGGCCGUUGAGAAAAAUCAACUUUUGAGCUUAUUGGCCCAGCACCAGCAACUUAAAAAUUCGGCUCAACAGUCUUUGAGCUCUCCUUUCAAUUCGCAAUCGUCUUCUAGUAGAUCACUUACACUGCAACAACUUCUUCCUCAACGAAAUUUGUUAAUUACUCAAAACAACCUGAUGCAACAGCAGCAACAACAACAACAACCAGUGUUUCAACCGCAAGCAAUGAUCAGUCAACAACUGCUGCAACAACUGCCUUCCAGUCAUGCUUCAACUGAUUCCAACAACAACCAACAACAUGCCAAACAAAAUGAUUUGCCUGUUUUGACUAAUCAGCCAAAACAACCAUCUCAAGCAAAUAUUGCUCAACUUUCUCAACAGCAGUUGCAACAAUUAACAAAUAUUUUGCAAAAUUCUCUUGAUCAAUAUUCAAACCAAAAUCAGCCAUCACUUGCAAAUCCAAUUGUUCAACAAGAAAUAAAACAACUUCCACAACAACAGUUCACCCAGCAACAAAUACAACAACUCCAACAACAGUUGCAACAAAUGCAACAGCAGCAACAACAAAAGUGUAAUUUGUUGCAAAAUUCUGGAAUAUUGACACAAAUUCCACCUAAAUCUAUUACUGUGCCACAUUUUCAACCACAGACAUUUCAACAGCCGCAAGUUAGUCAACAGCUGCCACAAACUGCACCGGUGUUGCAACAACAGCAACAACAUUUGUUGAAUCAACCAAAUUCACAGUAUACAGUAUUGCCAAUAAUCCAACCUGCACAAAUCCCACAAUCACAGCAGCCCAAUUCUCAACAAAUCCAAAAACCAAUUCCAAUCCAGCCACAUACCAUUCAAAUGCCUUCUCAGCAUCAACAAUCGUUGCAGCAGCAACAGCAGCAACUACAACUGCAAUACCAGUUACAGUUAAAACAACAGCAGGAAGAAUUAUUGCAAACUCAACAAAAACUUCAACAGCUGCAAAGUUCUCAACAGAUUCCUUGCAGCCAAGAAAAAUUGCAACACCAACAGUUUUUGCACCAAAUUCAGCAACUUCAACCAACACAUCAAGAUAGUUCUUUGUUGCAAAAACAUCAAACCAUUUUACAACAACCACAGCAACAAAUACAACAGUUACAAAGUCAACUUGGUAGUUCGGUGAUGACCACCUUGCCUGCAACUAAGAGCAUGUACUCAUCGGGACAGAUACCAAGUACUUUGCAACAACCUUCCACCGCUCAACAACAAAUACAAAAACAACUUCAGCAACUAUUACAGCACACUCCACAAUUGGCCAACCAACCCCAAUUGCAACAGCCUGCUUUAUGUUCACAACAACAACAGCAACAACAACAACCUGGAGUUAUUCAAUCUAAUGCGAUCACUCUUCAACAACUACAUCAUUUAUCACAACAGCAACAAUUGAAAGAUCUGCAACUGCAAUUACAAAUACAACAAUUGCAACAACAACAAAAGCAACAGACAAAUGUGGCACAGCAACAGACAUCUAAUAGCAUUCAACAAGCGGGCAACGUUGCUGGUUCUAAUUUGGUAUCAGAUCCAAAUGUUGCAAUGAUAUUACAGCAGUUGAUGAUGACAGACACUUCCCCGCAACAAGGGUCUCCAACAGCACCCAUUCAACAGAAUUAUGUUAGCCAUACAGAUGCUAACAUGUUAUCCAGGUUGUUACUCGAGCAACAGUUGGGUAACGCUAACCAGCAACAACAACAAUUAGAUGGACAACAGCAACAACCUCGAUCUGAGCCAUCUUAA